AGAACUCAAGUGCUCGAUAAACACAUUCCUGGCCAAAGAAAACAGAAGCACAGUGGAAUCCAAAGUAUUUAAUAACAAAUUGUGUACCAGUGAACAAAAGUUUAUAAAUAAAGCGACAGCAGUUUCCACAAAACGAAAUCACAACCGAUCGGGCACAAUUGAUACAACACUCAGAACCAUGAAAUUAAGACUUUUGCGGUGUUUGCGCCAGCAGCCUUCGAAACCAGCGGCGGUAAUGGGCCACAAGGAGGAUCAGCUUCAGGCGGCACAUGACCACCACCUGCUCAAGGACAUGCCCAAGGGCUUUCGGGAUACCACCGUCAAGAUCCUGCUCCUGGGCACAGCCGAGUCUGGCAAGACCACCAUCAUCAAACAAAUGCGUAUACUGCACAUCAACGGAUUUACCGACGAUGAACGGCGCGAAAAGAUCCCCGAGAUAUACCAGAACAUCCAUGAAUCUAUUCUGCAACUUGUUGGCCAAAUGGGACUGCUGGGAAUCGAUUUCGGCAGCUGUACCAGCGAAAGAUCGGCCGACUAUAUCCUCUCCCUGCCCGGAUUGGCCCCCGAGUAUAUGAACGAGGAGUACUGCGACCACGUCACUACUUUGUGGAACGAUGUGGGCAUUCGCGCCUGCUAUGAUCGCUCGAGUGAAUUCCCUCUGCUGGAUAGUGCCAAAUACUUCCUGGACAACUUUGCGAGGAUCAGCGAUGCCGAGUACAUUCCCAGCACCGAGGACAUCCUGCACAGCCGGAAGAUCACCACUGGCAUCUCGCAAAUCACGUUUCGGGUGCCCAUUCCCAAGUGCUUGGGUGGCGGCGAACAGGAGUUCCGGAUGUACGACGUCGGUGGCCAGAGGGAUCAGCGGAAUAAGUGGAUCCAGGUGUUCGAGGGCAUUCAGGCGGUACUGUUCCUGAUCUCGUGCAGUGAAUUCGACCAGAAUUUGCGCGAAGAUCCCACCCAGAAUCGGCUGCAGGAGGCGCUGAAACUCUUCAGGGCCGUGUGGCAGAACCGCUUCCUCGCCUCCGCCGGACUGAUCGUGUUCCUCAACAAGUACGACAUUAUGGAGCGGAAGAUCAGGGCGGGCAAGCACAUUGUGGACUACUUUCCCGAGUACGACGAGUUCUGCAAGAGGCCGCAGCAGGACAAUUGCUUCGACGAGAGCGACUGGACGAAGAUGUUCAUCAAGCAGCAGCUGGUGGACAUCACCCAGGAGCCCUUCAAGCGCCACUCGCGGAACCAGGUGGAUCUGGGCACCUCGGAGAGGGAGUGCUACUAUCAUUUUACUGUCGCCACCGAUACCCGCUGCAUCCGCGAUGUCUUCUGCGACGUCCAGAAGAUGAUCCUCUCGGAGAACGUGUCCGGCACGGGACUCCUCUAGUUCUGAUCUGUUCCGGAAAACGGAUCGGAGAGCUUCUCAAUAAAAAUAGGGGGGCUUUGCGCAGCCCCAACCAACUGUGAUCUAGUAGGGUACGACUUAAGUAGCCAUGUAGGACCUUAGAAUGUAG